AUGAGGCUUCCAGAGAGAAGUGCAUGCGGGAAUGCCACCCUGGCCGCCUCCCCAGACUUCCGACACCUUCAACCAGGGAAAUCUUAUACGCCUGGAAAUAACAUUGGAUGUGCAAUGGAUGGCAUUGCUUGCGGGGGAGGGGAAGAGGAGAGUGUGUGGCAUAAGGGCCUCCGAUGUGGUGGUCGCAUGCUGCUGCCGAAGCUCGAUACCACCCCGACUAUGUACUUUAUGCGCUUUCUCCUGAUGGGUAUACGGUGUGGCACGAAGGUUCAAUGCAGUGGAUGGAGCAGAGCGAGAGGGAGGGCGAACAAUCUCGUCUGA